AGUCCCGGCGGCGGCGGGUCAUGGCCGGCCCCAUGCAGGGCGGCGGGGCCAAGGCCCUGGACCUGCUCCGGACCCUGCCGCGUGUAAGCCUGGCCAACUUGAAGCCGAGUCCCGGCUCCAGGAAACCGGAGAGACGACCAAGAGGUCGGAGAAGAGGUAGAAAAUGUGGGAGAGGCCAUAAAGGAGAAAGGCAGAGAGGAACCAGGCCUCGCCUGGGCUUUGAGGGAGGCCAGACUCCGUUUUACCUACGAAUCCCGAAAUAUGGGUUUAACGAAGGACAUAGCUUCAGACGCCAGUAUCAGCCCUUUAGUCUCAACAGAUUGCAGUAUCUUAUUGAUUUGGGUCGCGUUGAUCCUUCUCAACCUAUUGACUUAACCCAACUCAUCAAUGGGAGAGGUGUGACGAUCCAGCCACUUAAAAGGGAUUAUGGUGUCCAGCUGGUCGAGGAGGGUGCUGACACAUUUAAGGCGAAAGUUAAUAUUGAAGUCCAGUUGGCUUCAGAACUAGCUAUUGCUGCAAUUGAAAAAAAUGGUGGUGUUGUGACUACAGCCUUCUAUGAUCCAAGAAGUCUGGAAAUUCUAUGCAAACCUGUCCCAUUUUUUCUUCGUGGACAACCUAUUCCAAAAAGAAUGCUUCCACCCGAAGAACUGGUACCGUAUUACACUGAUGCAAAGAAUCGUGGUUAUCUGGCAGAUCCUGCGGAAUUUCCUGAAGCAAGACUUGAACUUGCCAAGAAGUAUGGUUACGUUUUACCUGACAUCACUAAAGAUGAACUCUUCAAAAUGCUCUGUACUCGAAAGGAUCCAAGGCAGAUUUUCUUUGGUCUUGCUCCAGGAUGGGUGGUGAAUUUGAUAGAUAAGAAAAUCCUGAAACCUACAGAUGAGAAUCUCCUCAAGUAUUACAGCUCAUGAGUUCCCCUCCAAGAAAGCAGAGUUGAGAAGGAGGGACAGAAAAGGAACCAGAAGAUCUGUAUUUCUCAUUGCAUUUUCCUCAUGUGUAGUUCUCCAGAAGUUGAUGUUAGUUUUCAGUGUAAUCCUAUCUUUUUCAUUUUCAUCUAAAAUUCAAGUAAAAUUACAGGAAGUAAGAAGUGCAUAGAGAA